GGUAACGUUUUGAAGUUAAACUAAAACCAAUAAUUUCUUUGGCAAUUCUUUUAAUUUUAUAGUCUGUUUUCAAACUUACAGAAUUUUCGUCUCAAAUUUAUAAAUUUAAGAACAGUUCAUUAGUAAAUUAAGAUUAACUUUGUCCUCAUCUCAUCAACGCUUUCUUACAAGUGUGCGAGUCUCAAUCAUAAAACUUUCAGGUAAUGUUUAUAUGAAAACAAUUAUUCUGAUUUUACGGAUUCAUCAGGCUUUUACUUAUUCAAAGAGUUUUUAACACGAUUUGCAGGUUUGGUCGAGUCCUGAGAGUAGAGUGGAGGUGGGGUGGGGGGUAAUCUAACUCCGGAGUAAUUCAUUUCAGACGGGUGCGGUUGUGGACUAUUGUUUCACCUGGCCAGAUGUGCUAUUUCAUCUACACGGAAACCGUGUUGUUCAUUAGAGCGAAUGCACUAUGUAAGCACAUCUAAACGUGAGCCAAUGAGCACACACUCCUGCCACACGCCAGGUCGGGACCCGGCAGCGGGCAACGAGAUCAAAGUCCAAACGUUUUUUUUUAAGCUGUUGAAAACCUAGAUGACUCCUCAUCGUGCCUUGGCCUGAUUUUUAUUUUUUUUCUAAGAGCAUCUCGGUCAAUGCUUAAAAAUAAAUUAGAAUAUCAAAUUCUUUAUAAAUACAAAAAAAAAAAAAAAAAGAAAAAAGAGAAGGGGGGGGGGGGGGGGAAUUUAACCUAACAAAAAAAUGUAUGUCUUCAAAUUAUCCUCACACAAUAGCUAGUUCCAGCAAUACAAUUGCUAGUUCCAGCAAUACAUUUGCUAGUUCCAGCAAUAUAAUUGCUAGUUCCAGCAAUUAAAAUUGGAAACAUCUUGAGAUAUGCGCUAAGAACCAAGAACAGCCCUUAGCAAUGUGCUGGCGCUAUCAGAAAACGCAAUCAAAGCACCAUCCAUGGCCCUAAGCAAUAUGCUGACGCCAUCAAAUCACACAAUAAAAUAAAAGCACCAUCCACUGACGCCAUCAAACCACACAAUAAAAGCACCAUCCACUGACGCCAUCAAACCACACAAUAAAAGCACCAUCCACUGACGCCAUCAAACCACACAAUAAAAGGACCAUCCACUGACGCCAUCAAAUCACACAUUAAAAGCACCAUCCACUGACGCCAUCAAACCACACAAUAAAAGCACCAUCCACUGACGCCAUCAAAUCACACAUUAAAAGCACCAUCCACUGACGCCAUCAGAUCACACAAUAAAAGCACUAUCCAUGGCCCUGAUCAAUGUGCUGACGCCGUCGAAUGACACAAUCAAAGAACCAUUGUUGUCAGAGUAUAUCCCCGUCAUGCUACCCUUGUUCUACAUUGUAUGCUAAGAGACGUCCUUGCGUUCUUCAGGAAACUGCGCUAAUCCACGGUCAGUGGUCAUUUGGAAAUGGUGUUGGAUCUCAACCGCAUCAUCAUGGAUGCCGUGGCUGAUAAGCUGACCACGGCAAAGAAAAACGUAUACGACCUGAACACGGCCAUGAUAAAUACGUAUUUCAUGUGUAUCGAAACAGGUAGGGUAAUGACGGUUUUAACCUUAAUGACAGGUAGGGGAAUAACGGUUCUAAACUUAAUGACAGGUAGGGGAAUAACGGUUCUAACCUUAAUGACAGGUAGGGGGAUAACGGUUGUAACCUUAAUGACAGGUAGGGGGAUACGGUUGUAAUCUUAAUGAGUCUUUUCCUCGUGGAGUCUAAGUUUGGCUCAAUAGGCUUUAACCUUUCUCGACUUGUAUUGGACCCUUUAAAACGUUUUUUUCGUAAGUUUUCUUCAUGUUUUUUUUUAAACGGAUGAACCAGUUAAAUUUGUUAAAAUAAAAAUUAAGGAUUUAAUUGUUUCAAUGAGCAUGUUCCGGUGUGGACUUUUCAAAUUUUUUUUUUAUUAUUAUUUAUAUUUGUACCCGUAGAACCUCUUUCCCAAAGUAAGUUUAUUGGCACAGUGCCUGGGGUAACAUGCACGAGUUAGCCCCACUGGUUAGAAACUAUAGGCAACUGUGAGUUAUUUAUUCAGCUAUCAUCACCGACUUGUGCCUGAUGCACCAGGUCGCCCCUUUUGUCCAUGGUCUACUUGUUUUGGAGCAGACCCCUCUCUCUUAUAAUGUUCUGCACCAUUUAUCAUUGGGUCUUACUGGGUCUCGAUUUCCCUUGAGAUUUUCAUCUAAGUGCCCCCUUAGGUAGUGAUUUUCGUGUCAUUCAGCAAAGAUGUAAAUAUUGCUAAUAUCAGUAAACAGUUGUCUUAUUCUCUAAUCGAUAUCCCAGCUCCCCAUUGGCGACUGCCUUCGGACGGAAAACGCAAUGACAACUUCCGGAAUAUUUGUCUCAUACAACGUUCAAUUACCGUGUUAAAUGCCGGCAGUCUUCCAGACAUCAAAGCUUCGUGGAGAAGGACAUAUAGAAAACGUUUUCAUAAUUUUGACCUAGGAGAUCGCCAUGCUUUUGGGGACAUUGAUACUAAUGCAAUUAAUUUUUCUGUCGCAUCUUCUUUCAAUUCUUCGUCAUCACUCUAUAAGUUGAUUUCCAACGUAGAAUCAAACUUUGUCCUGCCUGUCUAUGAUGCAAGCAAAGCCGCCUCUAUACAUUUUCUGCAUCGAAGUGAUUCUCUCCUUACACCAGCAGCAAUCCUAUGGCAGGUGUUUGAACAUCGCUUCUGGGGCGCUUGCAUGUAUGGUAUACCGUGUAUGUUUUGAAAUUGUUGACUUGAUUGUAGCUCAGCUCCUGCUGUUCUCCAUUGCAGAUGGCAAUAUUUACUACACUCUUGAAAGCUGUACUUUCAGAUGCGCUUGUCGGCUUCAUAGAGACGUGAAGACCUACAAAUAAAACGUUUGUUAUUGUUCAGUAAUGAUGUGGGGGUCCACGUUUUGUUUUUGUUUUGAGCAACUCAACAUCCGCUGCCAACAUAGAGCGCUGUCGUUUCUUAACAAAGCGAUACACUGAGAUCUUCGAACACAUACAUUUUUGAUAAGAAUCAAUACAUAUUUUGCUGUUCUCUGUUUCUCCCGAAGAAGGCGUUUAGCCGAAACGUCCUUUCAAGCUUCCUGUCUUUUUUUGUGUGUGUCCAAGCUUAAAAAUAGCUUGUUCCACGAUUUACUUAUGCAACUCGGUAGCCGAAAUGGCUUGCAGAAUACAAUAUGACGUUUCCCGGCGAAAUUCUUUACAUGAAGUCCACAGUGACGACGUUAAAGAGAAUAUACUUUGAAUGUUGGAAUGUUCUCUUGAAUGGCUCAAGAAGCUUCUUGUGGCCAACGAUAUCUUCCUUGCCAAGGAUCGUAGUGAUAUUUUUCUCAUACUAUACGUGAAACAGGAAGCUGGUGAUUUUUUCUUGAAGUCAUUGGAUUUUUGCGGCAUCGGGGACUCCAUCACACCCAGAAGCUCCGCCGUUGUGAAUUUCUGUUCUGCUUGCUGUAAGCGUGUUGAGACGGUGUGGGGUGUUGAGACGGUGUGGGGUGUUUAGACAGUGUGGGGUGUUGAGACGGUGUGGGGUGUUGAGACGGUGUCGGGUGUUGAGACGGUGUGGGGUGUUAAGACGGUGUGGGGUGUUGAGACGGUGUUGGGUGUUGAGACGGUGUGGGGUGUAGAGACGGUGUUGGGUGUUUAGACAGUGUGGGGUGUUGAAACGAUGUGGGGAGAAAUCUGCGAGGCUGGAUCAAAUCCAUCAAAUCUGAUCAAUGUGUGUCGGGUGUUGAGACGGUGUGGGGUGUUAAGACGGUGUGGGGUGUUGAGACGGCGUUGGGUGUUGAGACGGUGUGGGGUGUAGAGACGGUGUUGGGUGUUUAGACAGUGUGGGGUGUUGAAACGAUGUGGGGUGUUGAGGCGAUGUGGGGUGUUUAGACAGUGUGGGGUGUUGAGACGAUGUGGGGUGUUGAGACGGUGUGGGUUGUUGAGACGGUGUGGGGUGUUGAGACGAUGUGGGGUGUUGAGACGGUGUGGGGUGUUCAGAUGGUGUGGGGUUUUGAGACGGUGUGGGGUGUUAAGACGAUGUGUGUUCAACUGCUCACCUGCACCUGGUUUUUGGCCUGUUUAUAUUUAUUUACCUUCUGUAAAAAGUGAUAUAGAGGCCAGAAGCACCCCACGUGGUUCAACUUGAUGGCAUAAUCACAGUUCCUUUAUGGUGGCAAAAUGUGCGUUGCCGAAAAGUUUGUAACGUGGUGAUAACCACGAGGUUGGGAAGUUUUGUUGUUGUUUUGUUGCUUUUUUGCUCAAAGAGUUUGCGGUGACGUCCGAUUGUCAUUGAGAUUGGCUUCUACUUGGAGGAGAGAGUCACCAACCAUUGCUACAGUGCGAGGUGAGAGCCAACGACCAUUGCUACAGUGCUCGGUGAGAGUCACCGACCAUUGCUACAGUGCGAGGUGACAGUCACUGAUCAUUGCUACAGUGCUCGGUGAGAGACACCGACCAUUGCUACAGUGCGAGCUGAAAGUCACCAACCAUUGCUACAGUGCGAGGUGAGAGUCACCGACCAUUGCUACAGUGCGAGUUGAGAGUCACCGACCAUUUCUACAGUGCUCGGUGAGAGACACCGACCAUUGCUACAGUGCGAGUCGAAAGUCACCAACCAUUGCUACAGUGCGAGGUGAGAGUCACCGACCAUUGCUACAGUGCGAGUUGAGAGUCACCGACCAUUUCUACAGUGCUCGGUGAGAGACACCGACCAUUGCUACAGUGCGAGUCGGAAGUCACCAACCAUUGCUACAGUGCGAGUUGAGAGUCACCGACCAUUGCUACAGUGCUCGGUGAGAGACACCGACCAUUGCUACAAUGCGAGGUGAGAGACUCAACCGUUGCUACAAUGCGAGAUGAAAGUCACCGACCAUUGCUACAGUGCGAGGUGAGAGUCACCUACCAUUGCUACAGUGCGAGGUGAGAGACACCGACCAUUGCUACAAUGCGAGCUGAGAGACUCAACCAUUGCUACAGUGCGAUGUGAGAGACACCGACCAUUGCUACAGUGCGAGGUGACAGUCACUAACCAUUGCUACAGUGCGAGGUGAGAGACCUAACCAUUGCUACAAUGCGAGGUGAGAGACUCAACCAUUGCUACAGUGCGAGGUGAGAGACCUAACCAUUGCUACAAUGCGAGGUGAGAGACUCAACCAUUGCUACAGUGCGAGGUGAGAGACCUAACCAUUGCUACAAUGCGAGGUGAGAGACUCAACCAUUGCUACAGUGCGAGGUGAGAGACCUAACCAUUGCUACAAUGCGAGGUGAGAGACUCAACCAUUGCUACAGUGCGAGGUGAGAGACCUAACCAUUGCUACAAUGCGAGGUGAGAGACUCAACCAUUGCUACAGUGCGAGGUGAGAGACCUAACCAUUGCUACAAUGCGAGGUGAGAGACUCAACCAUUGCUACAGUGCGAGGUGAGAGACCUAACCAUUGCUACAAUGCGAGGUGAGAGACUCAACCAUUGCUACAGUGCGAGGUGAGAGACCUAACCAUUGCUACAAUGCGAGGUGAGAGACUCAACCAUUGCUACAGUGCGAGGUGAGAGACCUAACCAUUGCUACAAUGCGAGGUGAGAGACUCAACCAUUGCUACAGUGCGAGGUGAGAGACCUAACCAUUGCUACAAUGCGAGGUGAGAGACUCAACCAUUGCUACAGUGCGAGGUGAGAGACCUAACCAUUGCUACAAUGCGAGGUGAGAGACUCAACCAUUGCUACAGUGCGAGGUGAGAGACCUAACCAUUGCUACAGUGCGAGGUGAGAGACCUAACCAUUGCUACAAUGCGAGGUGAGAGACUCAACCAUUGCUACAGUGCGAUGUGAGAGACACCGACCAUUGCUACAGUGCGAGGUGACAGUCACUGACCAUUGCUACAGUGCGAGGUGAGAGACUCAACCAUAGCUACAGUGCGAGGUGAGAGACUCAACCAUUGCUACAAUGCGAGCUGAGAGACUCAACCAUUGCUACAGUGCGAAUUUUUCUAUCUCGUUUUAGGAUUGGAUUCGCGCUUUUUUUGCUGUCAAACGUUUUUCUAGUAGAACUUUCUCAUUUUAUUUCAAACUCUACUUCGUUCCGCUUACCCGUACGAUUGGCAUGUCGAGUUGAGAGGUUUUUCUCCUCUCUUCAUACAGGGUAAUAAAGAAUGUACUUGUCCCGUACGUCGAAGGCAGCUGCGUCUGACGUACACUUGCACGCUCGUUAGGGCGUUGGGUAGAUGUAAUUUUUCGCGCCAUUUAACAUAGCGUAACGUUUGGUUUAUUCCUCUAGACAUGUCUGAAAUUCUGCGUGACCGAUUAUUUUGUCUCCAGUACAUCUUCUUUGCUAUCCGCCAGGGGAAACGAUCUACGACAAGACCGGCAGGACGGGAAAGCCGUCGGUGGACAUUGUGUACAGCGCCCUGUUCACCAACAAGACGCACACGCCACAGGUCUACAAGCUGAACACGAGCAGGGAAACGACAUCCGUGUAUGAAUUCACCUACAGCAAGUGCUGGUCCUUCGGCGCAGAGAUCAACAUGACGGGCCUGAUCCCCGUGGUAGGGGCCAAUCUUAACGCAGUGGUGGGAUUGAAACACACGCGACAAAAGGGUAAUGGGCCCGAUCAAGAUUGAUCGCUUUCUCUCCUAAACUUAUUGAGGCAUAAUUUUUUUUGGGGGGGGGGGGGGGGAAACUUAAUAUGUCUGUUGCCACUAAAUGUAUUACAAAUUUCUAUAUUUUACUUGCGCUCUUUCCUUACAUAGAUAUAUACGGAAUUAUAACAUCUCGCCAUAACUACAGCGAGAGGUCAUGUGGCUCUGUUAAGCCUCGUUCUCAAUUGGUAAAAGGGAAUAUUUGAGACAUAAGGGUCAAGGAAUAGUUUAUUCCAACUUAUCUAUGUGCUGGCAUCAUUACAAAAAUUUUGAUUUAAAAAUUUUAGAAUUUGAAGGUAAAACAAAAACAACAACACCAACUUCUAUGUUAUGAUUCCCCCCCCCCCCAAUCCCUUUUCUCAACCCCUGCAUUGAAAUCUUAGGGUGGGAAAACUCAUCUUAACGGGAUUGAACGAAUGCUAGCAAGUAGCAGGAUCAACAGGAGUGACAGCAAAUAUGUUGUGUUUCUGCCACAGUUAGCCGCCCCUAGUCGCUACCUUAAACACACACACAAACUUACAUCACAUUCUAACGAUUUCCAAAUAGUUGGCCUGCUCUACUGUCCAUCUCGUGAUUAUAAUUAAAAUAGAUGCACCCCAACGUCAUAAAGUUCAGUGGGCUGCGGUCGGGGUUGCCCGCUACCGUGUUGAACGUUAAAUACGCCAUGAAAAUCCACCAAUGUGUUCGAUUUAUUGAAACCAGGCAACAAGGUGGUCAGCGAACAUAAAAUUACCUGGGGCAUCGAUUCCAAAGUCGCCGUGCCAGGUAAACACUGGGUCAUGGCCAAUCUUGUGAUCACGGAAGAGGACUACAGUGGCGACUUUGAGAUGACGACCACAUUUGACGGACAGGUCAGUGAAUAGUGAAUAUUUAUACAUAUCUAGAAUUAUAGAAGCCAUUGGUUUAAUGUUUAUCAUUUUUAACGUAGACACUUACUUUUACAAUGUCUUUAGAGGAAACAAAGGAAAGUUCACCGUAGAAUGCUUGAGAAGGAUACGCCCUCCCGAAGUGCGUACUUCUUUGGGAAACAUUUUUACAUCUUCACGUCAUCUUGUACAGAGAUCUCAGGGUGAUUUUUUUUUUACAUUGUAUUAUUUCAUAACGGGAAGACAUCUACUUCAAAAGUACCUUACGGGGAUCUUUCCAUUUGUUUCUUUUAAAGACUGGAUAGAUGAAAAACGCCCUCAAAAUUGAUAAAACAUCACAAUUCUUGCUGUAUAUCAUUUUUUGGUCCCCAGCUUGUAGUCCUGUUGGGUAAGAAGAAACAAAACAUCAAUAUUCUUGCUGUAUACCACUUCUUCUCCUUAGGUUGUAGUCCUGUUGGGUAAGAAUGAAAAAAAACAACAUCAAUAUUCUUGCUGUAACCCAUUUUUUCCCCAGGUUGUAGUCCUGUUGGGUAAGAGAGAAAAAAACAUCUUGGACAGAUUCGAAGACGCAUUUAACAAGCACGUGUACCGGGUCGAUUUCCCGGCGAUGGUGAAGGAGGGGUACGAGGAGGUCCGGCUGAACGUCAGGAACAUCUUCACGCCCAAGCUCGGCUUCGUCAACGACGCCCAGGGCCGACCCACGUUUAAGACCAAAGGGGAGUGCAAGUGCAGGAUAGGCGUCGAGCAGGAGAUCAUCAUCUCCGAGUUUCUGGGCGAGCCCCCAAAGGAUAACGACCCCACAUUUAUGUCGCUGGAGAAGGAGGCGACAAGGAAAGCAGUCAAAAGAGCUGAUCGUGAUGAUGAUGCUUGAGUACUUUUAUAGCGCUUGUGACCGUGCUAUUUUAGCAUUUUUCACAGCGCCAUGAUGUCCUAAAAAUCUAUUUAAAGAAAAUAAAGUUCUUUAAAUGGUUCUUAAAUGACUUUCUAUCAUUUUCAAGCAAACUUUUCCACGCUUUAGGAGCAAGAGCUUCAAAAGAGCGCAUCCCGCGUGACUUCUUUCUGUUAUGAUUCGUACGCAUGGCCUUAAAGUAGUUUGAAAAUUGAGUGUGGGAAUAUUUAUUGAAAAGUCA